AAACUUCGUGACGCGUGUGCGCGCGUACGUAUGGCGUAUGGCCUACUCUAUGGCAUGGCAUCGCGGGACAUUGUUCUUUGCUCCUUCCUCGCCGCCUUCCUCUAUUCAACUUUCGGUCAAGCGAUGCCAAAGUCCGAGCUCGAGCCCGAAUUUCUAGCACUCCUGGAGAACCAUACGGUCAUUCAAGGUCGUGACGUCUGCUUCACCUGCGUCGUUAAUCAUCUUCAAUCUUACAAGGUUGCCUGGAUAAAGUCGGAUUCGAAAGCUAUCCUGGCCAUUCAUACGCACAUGGUCGCACACAACCCACGAUUGUCUGUCACUCACAACGGACAUAACACGUGGAAACUGCACGUGACCAACGUCCAACCGAACGACUCUGGCACGUACAUGUGUCAAGUUAAUACGGAGCCCAUGAGGAGUCAGACGGGUCACAUGAAGGUAGUGAUACCGCCCGAUAUCAUGGAUUUGGACGACUCCGCGGACAACCUAACGGCUAAAGAGAACAGUGAUCUGCGAUUACGUUGUCGAGCGACCGGAACACCAAAACCUAAGAUCACCUGGCGGCGGGAAGAUGGCAGAAAUAUCACUCUACGUAGCGAGCGCGGUAUUCAACAAGUGACAUUUUACGAAGGGGGCCAGCUUCAUCUGAAGGGGAUCCAACGGCAGGAAAUGGGCUGGUACCUCUGCAUAGCGUCGAACGGCUUUCCACCGGCGGUCAGCAAACGAUACCCCGUCAACGUUCACUUUAAACCGCUGAUUAAAGUCUUCCACCAAUUAGUAGAGGCACCUGCUAACAGCGACGUCGUUCUUCAUUGCUCCGUAGAGUCUUCGCCGGAACCUCUGAAUACAUGGUACGGGGUCGACGGUAUAAAAUUAUUGCCGGAUGAGAAACACGAUCUAUCGGAGGUACCGUUGAACGAUUAUGCAUAUCAAUUAAACCUGACCAUCAAGCGACUGCACAGAGACGACUUCGGUAGCUACACCUGUUCCGCGGAGAAUUUGCUGGGGAAAACGGAGGGGACGAUAAGGCUUCAAGAAUUGUAUCUACCGAAGACCACACUAGCGCCGAUCCGUUACACCGAAUACGCGGACAAGUACGGACCAAAGAAGCAGACCGACCGUAGGGUCAAGCAAUACCCGUUUGGCAUGGACGAUUCGAAGAGCACUGGGAACACUGGUCACUCGACAUCGACGGUACGAAGGAACACUUCGAACGCUCUGAUGGACCCGACUACAAAAAAAUCAAAGGUCUCAUCAUACCCAGCGCCCGCCUCUGCCCCCGCCCAUUUUCCGCCUACCCAAUUGAACGGCCAGAACAGCGUGACAUCGUCGCAACACUGUCCACGAAAUUACGUAGGAUUAAUGUUCGCUUUCAUAGUGAUCGUUGUGUGUAGCUCAUAA